AUGCUGCGCUUCUUGUGCCUUCCCGGAGCCUAUGGCAGCUCGGACAAAUUCCAAGUUCAACUAGCCCCCAUCUUGAAGGAACUCACCGAAGACGGCACCGCACAGUUCCACUUCAUCCAUGGUCCCUGCAAGGCCGUCCCGCCUCCCGGCUUUGAGGACUACUUCGGUGCACCCCCUUACUACCGCUUCAUCGAGCCCGAUAGAGAUGUCGAGAAGUCUCACAGCGAUGAUGUCCUCGCCCGUAUCCGUGAUUUCCCUCAGUGCGAAACCGCUGAGGACACCAUGAGGGAUCUCAUGAGGGAAGGUAUCGCGACCACGCACCGCAGCACCGAUAGAGCCAUCAAGUACCUUGCGGACAUCGUCGCCAAGCGCGGCCCCUUUGACGGCAUCAUCGGCUACUCUGAGGGCGCCACCGUGGCGUCGACCUUUAUGCUUUACGAGCAGCGCCGCCUCAAGCGCUCCGGCAUCAAGCCAGCAUUCAAAUAUGGCAUCUUCUUCGCCGGCUGGCCGCCCGUCGACCCCAAGACCCACGCCCUCGUCCUGUCCGACGAGACCGACGAGAGAAUCGAGGCCCGCACCUUGCACAUCAUCGGAUCCUUGGAUCCUUAUGUCGACGGCUCCAUGGCUUUGUACAACAUGUGCGAUCCCGACACCGCCUAUCUUUUUGAUCACGCCAAGGGCCACACUCUGCCCCGUGACAAGGAUACCAUCAAAGAGUUGGGCGACAUUAUCCGCGACACUCAAGCUGAAAUGCAAGAGGAGGGACUCUUGACGUCGUCGUAA